AUGACCACCCCAAGCAACCAGGACCAACCUGUCCCUUCCAACAGCUCAUAUCCAGAUGAAUACAAAAUCGCAGCCCUUGUUUUCUACAGCUGUAUCUUCAUCAUCGGAUUAUUUGUUAAUGUCACUGCAUUAUGGGUUUUCAGCUGUACCACCAAGAAAAGAACCACUGUAACCAUCUACAUGAUGAAUGUGGCACUGCUGGACUUAAUAUUCAUAAUGACUCUGCCCUUUAGAAUGUUUUACUAUGCAAAAGGUGAAUGGCCAUUCGGGGAAUACUUCUGCCACAUUCUUGGGGUUCUUGUAGUGUUUUACCCAAGCAUUGCUCUAUGGCUUUUUGCUUUUAUUAGUGCUGACAGAUACAUGGCGAUCGUGCAGCCAAAGUAUGCCAAAGAACUCAAAAACACAUGGAAAGCCAUGCUCACAUGUGGAGGAGUCUGGAUCAUGACCCUGGCCACCACCGUCCCUCUGCUGCUGCUCCACGAAGACCCAGACAGAGCCUCCUCCCCCGCUACCUGCCUGAAGCUCUCCGACAUCAUCCACUUAAAAGCCGUCAAUGUGCUGAACUUCACUAGACUGAUCUUUUUUUUCUUGGUCCCUUUGUUCAUCAUGAUCGGGUGCUACUUGGUCAUUAUUCACAGUCUCCUCCACGGCAGGACGUCCAAGCUGAAGCCCAAGGUCAAGGAGAAGUCCAUCCGGAUCAUCAUCACGCUGCUGCUGCAGGUGCUCCUGUGCUUCACGCCUUUCCACAUCUGUUUCGCCUUCCUCAUGCUGGAUGGGGAAGACAACAGCUACAAUCCCUGGGGCGCCUUCACCACCUUCCUCAUGAACCUCAGCACCUGCCUCGAUGUGAUUCUCUACUACAUAGUUUCCAAACAGUUUCAGGCGCGAGUCAUUAGCGUCAUGCUGUACCGCAACUACCUCCGCAGCGUGCGCAGGAAAAGCUUCCGCUCCAGUCUCCGAUCCGGCAGUUUACGGUCGCUGAGCAACAUCAACAGCGAAAUGUUAUGAAGAGAAGAAGUUGCUCCUCUUCAGUCUCUUUAAAUUCCUUUUUCCAACUGUUCUAGUGUUA